CCAGCAUGAUUUUUUCACCGUAAGUAAUUCUUCUAACUCAUGCCUUGCUGUGAGCAGCCGUUGACGGGUUAUCCAAGGAAAUUCCGAGACAACCCUGACGAUAUAAUGAAUUCCAUGUCAUAGUCCUCUUGAGGUUGAGUACUUUUGUUGUAUAGCAAUCACUCCGAGUCAGCAGUCGUCUGCGCUAAAGAUUGAUGCAAUGUCACGGUUCACAGCGAUGACAGCGAGAUGGUUACUUCGUCGCCAAAUCAAUGCCAGCUCCAUUUUCCUGGCAUUGCUGUCGACGGUCCCCUCCGUCUCAGCUACGAAUUGCUAUACGCCUGACGGAACAAUAUCGAACGAUCGCCCUUGCAACGCGUCAGCCUCGGCCAGUGUCUGCUGCACGCAGGGCUUCCUCUGCACUUCCAACCAGCUCUGCCAGCCCGCAGGCUGGUGGGAUGGCUCCGACGGCAAUCCCCUCCAGUUCAUCAGAGGGACCUGCACCGACAAGACGUGGGCUGCGCCUGAAUGCCAGGGACACUGUGUUGCAGAUAACCCCUCGGGAGGAGAGUGGGUGAUGCGAUGCGGAAAUACCACCAACAACUACUGCUGCUCUGCAGAUGACUGCUGUACCAAGGUUUCGUACUUGAAAUUCACACUGGAUGAACCCACCAUUACUGCGACGGCGGGGAUAGAACCUACCUCAACGGCGACAACUACGACAGAGUCCUCCAGGGAGACAUCCACGGCAACAACAAGCACAAGGACGUCGACGACGCCAACACCCACCACAAGCGCAGCCUCCAACUCGAACGAUUCGCUCAAUUCAGGGUCAGGCUCAACGACAAAUGUAGCGAUCGGCGUCGGCGUCGGUGUCGGGGUAGGCGUUGUCAUCAUAGGAUGUCUGCUCGCGUUGUUUGUAAUGCGCUCGCGCCGGAAGAAGCGACUCGCAGCCCAGCAGAACAGUUCCGCCUUCUUGCCGGGGUCUCAGGGAGGCCCGUUCGGUGUCUAUCCUCCGGUGACUCGAGUCCAGCAUCCCUCAGAGCUAGACUCGCAGCAGCAGCGCCACCCGACUGUGGCGGAGCUAGACGGAGUCCACACGGGGAAGCAUGAGGUGCGGUGAGAUUGGGAUAGAUGAGUGGUGUUUACAUAUGCAUGAUUAAUCUCCGCGGUUUAGCAUUUAUACCCGGAGUGCUUUUGGUAUGUAUAUCAGAAGGAUUCUGCGAACUGAUGGGGAUAAGAGUUUGCGCUAUGCUGAUGCCUCAUGAUCAUUUGGUGUUGCUUCCAAUUCCUGUAUAUAAAAGAAGUUAAGGUGGAUGGCUUCUUCAGUCCAUAUCCUGGCCCAGGAAUGACAGACCAUACGUAUAA